ACUGUCGGAUUACGCUGAUGCUGAAAAAUAACAGUUCUGUGAGCGCUUGCAGCUUGAGUAGCUGCCGUCUGAAGGCGGAAGCUCUAGCUCGAGCUUUGAACAGCAGGAUAUGGCCGUGCACGUGGGUCGGUGGAGAACCUUCCGGAGGAGACGGGAUGUCGGCGCCUGAUGAGGAAGACGAUUUGUACUUCGAUGCCUCUCCCUCCCCGAUCGAAGACGAAGAUUCGAUCACUCGUUAUCCGCGCAAUGAUGACAGUUCGGCAGCUAGUGUGGCCGGGCGAGCUAAACUCUACGAGCUUCUUCAGCAGCACGUUGCUGAUGACGCAACCGAGGUCUUUUACGACGUCAGUGAGGACGGCCACUUUGACAGGUCAAAAGCACGCGGUGGAAAUGUGUCGCGCGGAUGAAAAUACUCAGCGCUCAAACUGUCAAACGUGUCAGAGUGAUGACAUGGAUGUUAAUUCAGUGAAUGUCUUAAAUCAUGAUUCUGGAAAUGGUUUGGUGUCUUCAAAACAGCUUUGCCAUCCUGGGAAUUGUUGCGUGGAUGAAUCUCCCGGUGAUAGUGUGAAGGAAGGCAAUCUGCUGGAUGGUAAGUCAAUAUCAGAAAUUCCUCCGGUGUCUUCUGAACAACUUUGCCACUCUGAUAAUCACCUCACGGG